UCUCCUCCAGAAUCAGAAGAUCCCUUUGAUACUACUGCAGCUGAAAAGGUCAUCGCCAAGGAUCCAGCGGAAACGACGUUAAAGGAGACGAGUGACGAAGACGACUUUGAUCCACGGGCAUAACCUGUGCAUACUUAAGCCAUCGUCAUGGACAAUCCUUUCUUAUACAAUGCAGGCCCACCUCGCCCUCAGGCUCCACCCAUGGACAACCCAUUUCUAGCUCAAGGUACUAUGGGACAUGGAGGCCCAAUGCCUGCUCAACAUCAUCACCCUCAGCAUCAUACUGUAGGGCACUCAGGUGGUGUACCUAACCCAUUUCUCCAAGGGUCUCCGGCUCCUGCCUUUCCUCCAGCUUCCAUGGCUCCACAUUCACAAGCUCACGGUCACUUUGGUGGUCAUUAUGGUGCCUCACCACCAGUCCAAGCAGUCCAAGCCAAUCCGUUUGCAGACUUUGCAGCGCCAUCACCGCCCGCUGCUCAUCAUUCUCCAUUUCAUCCCGUAACAAGUUAUGCACCAGCGCAUGUUCCACAGCAAAAUCAGCAACCUCAACAUCAUCAACAUCAUCAUCAACAACAACAGCAACAACAACAAUCUUAUUCGCAGUCAACGCAAAACAAUGUCUUCAUGGCUCAGAGUGCUCUCCCGCCAAAGCAAGAGCCUCCCGCUAAGCCAUCUCCUUUCCAUGAGGAGUUAAUCAAAGCAGAACCUGCUAAACCUUCAGUCGAAGAAUAUCCUCCUCCUCCCACUGAAAUGGAGUUGGAGCAAUCCACGAUAUCUCCUCCUGAAAAGAAUGACACGGAUCUGGCCUCCACUACCAAUAAGAUGUCUCUCAAUGAUAACCCCUUCCUCUCAGGCAUAUCAACCAAUGAAGAGGAUGAAGCUGCCUUACCACCCCCACCAGAGGAGGAGACUGUGAGUACAGGAGCAUCUCUGUUCGGCACAGCCCCUGCUAUUGUUCCACUUGAGAUUGAACAAAACGCCAAGGUUGAAGCACCUAUUCUCGAGGAAUCACUAGUAAAUUUGGCGAGUUCGGAAAUAGUCCCAAUAGAAGAAGCUUCAGAAUCGGGCGUUGGCCAGAACAAAACGAUAGAUCAUGAGAGUCCCAAAGGAGAACCUGAUGCAAAUAUUCUUGAUCUAACAGGCAGUCCUUGUGAAGAAAAGGCAGAGCAAAUCGAGCCGGAAAGUAAGGAUGAACCGAACGUUAUCAAGAUUAACUCUCCAAAUGAGACCGAAAAGACUUUACAUGAGGACUCUGUUGAGGACAAGCGGGAAGGGGACGAAGAGACCAAAAACGCAUCGGAUAGAGAGGAUGAGAAAGAGCCUGUUGACGACGAAGACGAGGACGAUGAAGAAGAGGACGAAGACGAAGAGGCACCUAAAGCGGCAAUGACAACGGGCGAUGCUAUUUUUUCGGAUUUGCCAACAACGGAUGCAAAAUCGACGGGAGCCUCAAUUUUUGGCUUGAGUGAAGAGAGUGGAGCGGGAUCUACAGGGGCCAAUUUGUUUGGAGUUCGAGCUCCUCAAUCCACUCAACCCACAUUAGGAUCCAUGACUGGUUGGGAUGACGCAUUUGACCGGAAAUUUGAUACAGCUCAAGACACGGUGGUUACUGCCAGCCUGCCAGGCGAUCCAUUCGACCCGUUUGGUGGCCCAGGUGGGGGAGCAGGAGCGUCGGGAGCAAGCACAUUCGCAGACAACUCCUUUGGUACCAGCACGUUCAGCCCACCUACGUCGAAAGCGCCUGAAAUGCCCAAGGAAAAAAAUCCUUUCUUGGACACUGGCGAUGCAAGUGGCGAAGAGCCAGAGGAGAUUCUUUUCGACGAUGAUACUAGCAAGCCUUUGGAGCCUUUUCCUAGGGUUCAUGAUCAACCCGAUGGCUGGGAAAUGUUCGUUCGACAUCCUGCUAAAAAGAAGCUCACCGCUCAAAGAUACUGGAAGAAAGUUUUUGUUCGGUUGAUAUUGCAAGGCGAUACGCCCUGUGUGCAAUUGUUUGAGAAUAAGGAGGCCAAAGAUCCUUUCCAAGAGUUGCCUCUCCAAGCCGCCUAUUCACUCUCAGAGAUUUCACAUCAAGUGUUUGACCAAUAUUCCAAGCUUUUUACUCUGAAGCUCCAGUACAUUUUCUACAAAGAACGAGCCGGAAUCCGACCUGGUCAAAUGAGCAAAAUGCAAAAGCUCACCGGGAAAAUUGGGUUUCUCGCCAAAGCUGUGGAAGACGCCGAUUACGAAGGAGUUAAGGAGUUUGCCAGUGAUAUGAAAAAACUUGGGGUCCCACUUGAGCACGCUCCACAGAUCUCAGAAUUGUUGAAGAUCGGUAGUGAAAACUUUGAGGAUUUGAAGCAAUUCUCGAUUUGCGUGGAGGAAAAGCUAUUCCGAAUGGACGUACAUCGAGAAAGAGCUCUUACUUACAAGACCGAAGAGGUCCAACUCACCGCAGUAGAUGAAGUCUUUGUGGAACAAGACAAGACUGGACAUGUUGUCAAGCAAUUGUGCAGGGUCAGAGUGUUCUUCCUCUCUUUCCUCACAGGCAUGCCCGAAGUAGAACUUGGUGUCAACGAUCUAGAACGUAUGGGCUUGGAAGUUGUGGGGAGGCACGAUAUCCUACCUGUCCCAACAGAGCAAUGGAUUCGCUACGAAGACAUCGAGUUUCAUCAAAUUGUCGAUAAAAAGGCCUUUGAAACAAAUGAUCACAUUAUCAAAUUCCAACCACCAGAUGCCUGCUAUUUAGAGAUCAUGAGAUUUCGGGUCAGACCACCCAAGGCCCGAGAGUUGCCAAUGCAAGCACGAUGUUCGUUUGAAAUAUGUGGUAGCAAGGUGAUCAUAAGAGCCGAUAUGAUGAUUCCAUAUCAUCACACUAAAGCCUGGGGUCAAGUACCAUGUGAGGAUGUGGCCAUGCGUAUUCCACUCCCAGAGUGUUGGAUCUACCAAUUCCGCACGGAAAAACAUCACAUGUCGUUGAGCCAAUUGGCCACGGGCAACAUCAACCUAGGAACCCGCAUGGGCUCUGUUAAAUCAGCUCACAGGCGAGCAGGAAAGGUUAAAGGUCUAGAGAGGUUCAUGGGCACCCUCGAGACCCAUAGUCAAGAUCUCAUGGAGACCUCUUCUGGCCAGGCCAAAUACGAGCACCAGCAUAAAUCCAUUGUUUGGAGAGUGCCUCGGCUUCCAAAGCACGGACAAGGUUCUUACACAAACCACGAGUUCGUGUGCCGGUUGAAUCUAACCAGUUUCGACCAAAUGCCCGAAACGUUCGACAAACACUUCUUUGUGGAGUUCAACCAACCGGCCACAACCGUGUCACACACGGUGUUGCGCUCCGUGUCCAUUCUCGAGGGAUCAGGCGAUCCUCCGGAAAAGUUUGCCAAAUACCUGGCAAGGCACGAGUACAAGCUAGAGAUUGAAUUCACUGAGAAGGAACAGAACACUUACGCCGCAGCUGCCACUCAGAAGAAGGUCAUCAUGGAGAAAGAGGCAUCUGAGGAGAAACCUCAGGGUGACCCGGAUUUCCCGGAUGAGAAUGGGGAUCGGCGAUUUUCGGACUCGGAUUCGGAUUAGAAUUCCGGCUCUUUUGUAAUCAUAGUGUAGUCACAUUAUUUUCUAACGUUGUCUUCGGUUUCAUCUAAACACAACAUAUAUCUUUAGUUCUCCAGUCAUGUGUGUAGUGUUUCCGCAAUAACCGGAUAUGCGCACCAACGAGUAUGAUCUAGUCACAGAUUCUAAUAAGUGGGCAGAUAGCGUUCUUCUUAGGCGUUACCGUGCAAUUAUUUUAGUGGUCCCAAGCGAACCUAUCUUGACUUUUAAAUGUCACAAAUGUGGAACGAUCUCUUAAAUUCAUCCUCAUUUGUGUUUUAAGCGUUUGGUGUUAUCAUUUUCAUAUUUACGAAUCUCCCCAAAUUCCACUUAUUGAAUGUUAGAGAAAAUCCUUAUGUUCCAAAAAUGACCCUUAUUAUUACCCCAAAUACUGCAAAAUGAUUGAAGCUUCGUCUUCUGAAUAUAUUGUUAAACUCAAUAAGUAUUGUGUUCCUACUAUAUCCAUCUACAAUAUGCUAUUGCAUUUUUAAUAUGCUAAAAUGCUUGUUACCAUUGAAUGUGUCUUGAAAUACAGACCAAAACAGA